CGGAAGUCAUUCACUUGUGAAUGAUGUUGUUGGGGAUAAGAAGGGGAGUGUAUGAACAAAGAGAAUAAAGAAUGUAUUUUGAAUUUAAACAUAGCUGUAGUUAAUAAUAAGAGAUGUAACAAUGGGUCAUAGUGAGGUGCUGUAAAUAAAGUAUAACCAGAGCAAUCAUGACCGGAGUGAGAAAUUGUAAAGAUGAUGACCGGAGUCAUAACGGCCGGAGCCGUAAUAAAACAUGAUGACCGGAGUCAUAAGGGCCGGAGCAGUAAUAAAACAUGAUGACCGGAGUCAUAAGGGCCGGAGCCGUAAUAAAACAUGAUGAUCGGAGUCAUAAGGGCCGGAGCCGAAGUAAAACGUGUGACACUGGGUCACUGUGGCCGUAGCCGAAAUUGGGUUGCUGUGACCGAAGCCGAGGUGAAAUGUAAUGAAGCAUUAUUGUAGUUGAAGCCGAGGUGAAACACUUGUAUAUUUGAGAAUAUGCACAAGUGAAUGGAGGUGUCAAAAUGGGCGUAGGUGGGGCCAUCUGGAAAACCUGACAACGUGGUGUGACAGUUGUCCAUGGAAUGACGUGCGCAAUAAAUGCAGCCGUAAAAAGGUAACUGUAACAGUUAAACGGGCAAAUUUAAAAACGAACCGUCAAGUUUAAAACGGUACCGUUUGGGGAUGCCCGUUGAAUUCCAAACGGU